UUAUAUAUAUGGUGGUUUUGUCUUCGAUAUGGAACUGAAAUGGCCUCUGUUUUGGUUUUGCUCUUCAUAUUAUUGUCUGUGGCUAAACAUUAUGGCAGCAAUGGCGCCUAUAUUCAAUACAAUACAACAGCAGGGCCGGUGGAAGGCAAAAUCAAUGUGCAUUUGGUUCCUCAUUCUCAUGACGAUGUGGGAUGGCUCAAAACUAUUGAUCAGUACUACAUUGGAUCCAAUAACAGUAUUCAGGGAGCAUGUGUGAAGAAUGUGUUGGAUAGCCUGGUUUUGGCAUUACAAGAGGAUCCAAACAGAAAAUUUAUUUAUGUAGAACAGGCUUUUUUCCAGAGAUGGUGGAGGGAGCAAAGUGAGGAAAGACAGACACAAGUGAUGAAAAUAGUUGAUGCAGGCCAGCUUGAGUUCGUAAAUGGUGGCUGGUGUAUGCAUGAUGAAGCAACGGUACAUUAUAUUGACAUGAUUGAUCAGACAACUCUUGGACAUCGUUUUAUCAAGCAACAAUUUAACAAAACUCCACGAGUUGGAUGGCAGAUUGAUCCCUUUGGACAUUCUGCAGUCCAAGCAUAUUUGUUGGGCGCAGAGCUUGGGUUCGACUCUCUGUUUUUUGCACGCAUAGAUUAUCAGGACAGAGCAAAGCGAGCAGAGCAAAAGUCCUUAGAGGUUGUGUGGCGGGGGUCCAAGACAUUUGGUUCGUCUUCUCAGAUAUUCGCUGGUGCAUUUCCUGUUGACUAUGCUCCUCCACCCGGUUUUUCUUUUGAAGUUAAUGAUGAAAGUUCUCCAAUUCAGGAUGAUCUGCUUCUUUUUGAUUAUAAUGUUGAUCAACGUGUGAAUGAUUUUGUCAGUGCAGCAAUUACCCAGGCUAACAUCACUCGUACGAACCAUAUUAUAUGGACGAUGGGAGAGGACUUUAAGUAUCAAUAUGCAGAUUCUUGGUUCAAGCAAAUGGACAAGUUUAUUCAUUAUGUAAAUAAGGAUGGACGAGUUAAUGCAUUUUAUUCGACUCCAUCAAUUUACACUGAUGCAAAGCAUGCUGCAAAUGAAGCAUGGCCUCUCAAAGUUGAUGAUUACUUCCCGUAUGCAGACAAUGAAAAUGCUUAUUGGACAGGAUAUUUCUCAAGCAGGCCAGCGCUUAAGGGAUAUGUUCGCUACCUGAGUGGUUAUUAUCUUGCAGCACGACAGCUUGAAUUCCUAGUUGGCAGAAAAAGUGGGGGUCCAAAUACAGAUUUUCUAGGUGAUGCUUUGGCAAUUGCACAACAUCAUGAUGCAGUUUCAGGCACUGAAAAGCAACACACUGCAAAUGACUAUGCUAAACGUCUUGCGAUUGGAGCAUCUCAGGCAGAAGAAGUAGUGGGUUUAGCUCUUUCAUGCUUGACAAGUUCAGAACCUUCUGGAUGUCCAAACAUAUCAACAAGGUUUGAACAGUGUAGAAGCCUAAAUAUCAGCAUUUGCCCACCAACAGAAACAAAACUUCCACUGGGCAAGAUCCUGGUUGUGGUGAUAUACAACCCUCUUGGUUGGAAGCGAGAGCAAAUUGUUAAAGUGCCUGUAAACGAUGAAUCUCUUAUCGUGAAAGAUUCUGAUGGCAACAUAGUUGAGUCGCAGCUUGUACCUCUAGAAAAUUCAUCAAUCAUUUUGACAAGCUCCCACAAGAAAGAAAAUCUAGGCAUAUCGUCAGAGAAAAGUCCUCUUUUUUCACUUUUUUUUCAAGUGUCUGUGCCACCCCUUGGGUUCAGCACAUAUAUUAUCUCAAAAGACAAUGGAAGCAGAUCUGUCCUGUCAACCAAACAAACAGCACCAGUGAAUGAAAGCACAACAUAUGAAGCUGGACCGGGCAACUUCACAAUGUCCUUUUCCUCUUUAUCUGGUCAACUACAACAAAUAUCAAAUUCCAGGACAGGGGUAAAAAUCCCAGUUCAACAAUCCUAUCUUUGGUAUGGUUCUUCUGAUGGUGAUGAUAGUGAUUCCCAGGCAUCUGGAGCAUAUAUCUUUCGUCCAAAUGGUGCCCCACCAACGGCUAUUUUAGGAAUGGUCCCAUUGACUAUCAUGAGUGGACCUUUGGUUCAUGAAGUCCACCAGAAAUUCAAUUCAUGGAUCUAUCAGGUUACCAGACUUUACAAGGACAAAGAACAUGCCGAAGUGGAAUUCACUAUUGGCCCCAUCCCAGUGGAUGAUGGUGUUGGAAAAGAAGUGAUCACUCGAAUGACAGCAAACAUGGUUACCAACAAAGUCUUUUACACAGAUUCUAAUGGAAGAGAUUUUAUAAAGCGGGUGAGGAAUUAUAGAACUGAUUGGAAUCUAAAAGUACACCAACCCGUGGCAGGAAACUAUUAUCCAAUUAAUCUUGGGAUGUAUAUGAUAGAUGACAAAACUGAAUUUUCAGUUUUGGUUGACCGUGCUGUUGGAGGUUCGAGCAUUAAAGAUGGGCAACUUGAAAUAAUGCUUCACAGGCGGAUGCUCAAAGAUGAUAAGCGAGGAGUUGGUGAAGCUCUUGAUGAAACCGUUUGUGAAGCAGAGUGUGUAGGACUAACGGUAAAAGGCACCUAUUAUGUUAGCAUCAAUGCUAUUGGAAAUGGUGCGCAAUGGCGUCGCACUACUGGUCAGGAAAUAUAUUCGCCGCUACUAUUAGCUUUCCCACAAGAGGAGGCCCAAAAAUGGAAUGCUUCUCAUUCUAGUUUUAUAGCAAUGGAUCAAAAUUACUCAUUACCAAACAAUGUUGCCAUAACCACCCUCCAGGAACUUGAAGAUGGAAGUGUGCUUCUACGACUAGCUCAUUUGUAUGAGGCAGGGGAAGAUUCAUUAUAUUCACAAAUUGCAAAAGUUGAGCUCAAAAAGGUUUUCCCAACCAAAACAGUAUUGAAAAUAAAGGAGAUGAGUUUGUCAGCUAAUCAAGAGAAGUCGGAAUUGAAGAGAUUAAAUUGGAAAGUAAUAGAUGAUAAUGUCACAGAAGGUGGGAGUGUAAGAGGUGGUUCUGUAGAUGAUAGUGACAUGAUUGUUGAGUUGGGUCCAAUGGAAAUCCGCACUUUUAUCUUGCAAUUCUGAUAACAACUUUACAUAUUGCGUAUGAAUUAUAUUGACUUGUAAUCUCCAUUAUCCAGACUACUUUCUUGCAAGAGAAUGAUUAUGAAAUAAGAUGUUAUGGUAAGUAGUUAUUGUGCACUUUUAACUUUGAUCAAAAUUCAAGGUUAACUUCUAUUCGUGAAGCCUCAAAUAAGAAACCUCAUCUUCAUCCCUAAAAUUAUUUGAACACAAUACCGUAAGCAUUUUAAUUAUGACACAUCCAUGUACUUUAUUAAUAAUAAUUUAUUUUUUCUCA